UGAAAUUCAAUUCCCUCAUAUUCUCUCUCUAUAUAUCUAUUGCAACAGAGACAACUCUGCUAAUACAGCCAUAGAGAGUACAUCAUCUCUGCUGUCUUUCUCAUGCUGUAGUUGUCCUUUGCUUGUGAAGGGUAAAUACACACCCCUUCUCUCUCCCUCUCUCUCUUUCUAGUUUCUAUCGCCCAAAAAUGAACACUCAGAUUUUUGAUCCACAUGCUUAGUUAACUAUCUCUAUAAACUGAGUGAGAAAACAACAAAAGAAGAAAUCAAAACAAGCAUGGGGAUUGAAGAUAUUGAGUACUUUGAUUUCUCUCACAAAACACUGAGUCUUCAUUUGCAGAAAAUAAAACCAUAAUUAGACUAUCCUUAAUGGUGCAUGUGUCGUAUUCUCAAAUCUAGUUUCUAAUAGGGUUGUUUCUAGCGGCGCAAUUUCAAAGCUUCUUUUUUUUUUUUUUUUUGGCCUUUUCAAAUGUAUCCUUCAAACAGCAAUGGCAGCAGUGAAGAACCAAUUAAUGACCAUUCGUUCUUUCAUUUCGUUACGGAUUCUAAACAGGAAGAUCCUUCUUUUGGUUUCUUCAAUUUCCCCUCUCCGUAUUAUAGUCAAUGUGAGCUUGAACAAGUGUUUCAAGACCAAGACCAUGAUGCUUUCCUUCACCAACAUCAUGAUCUAUUGUUUCAUCACGAACAAUACCAACAGCCAUUAAUGGCUGAUUCGGUUUCGGGCACCAUCGUUAACGUGCCUGCAACUUCAGCCGUGGACUGCACCAAGAAGAAGAGCAACAAUCAUAAUACCGACGCUGAAGUAAAGCAGCAAAAGCGGUCGUCUUCUAAGAGAGACCGACACAGCAAGAUCAACACGGUGAAUGGACCAAGAGACCGGAGGAUGAGGUUGUCCCUCGAUGUAGCUCGUGAGUUCUUUGGUUUGCAAGACAUGUUAGGCUACGACAAAGCUAGUAGGACAGUGGAAUGGUUGCUCAUACAGGCGAGGCACGAAAUCAUGAAGCUAGCCAGAACCCGUGUUUCCCAUAAUAAUAACAACAGCGUUGCAACAGCGGCGGCGGCGGCUGUUGCAAAGAGUCCAUCUUCGACUUCCGAGGGUGAAGUGGUGUCUGCUUUAGAAGGUACCAUCUCUAAAGGGAAACCUACAGAGAAAAGGGUUAAAAAAACCACUUUCCAGUUCCACCCUCUUGCAAGGGAUUUAAGGGAAAAGGCAAGAGCAAGGGCAAAGGCAAGAACCAAAGCAAAGAACAUGUGGAAUCAAAAGCUAUGUGGUAGUACUGAUGAGAACAAACUCAGUUCAUGGUGUUCUUUUCAGACAGGUGAAGAAUCUAGUAUCCAACACCACCACCACAACAAGAAGAUCAACCCUUCUUUGCAACAGGUUGCUGGUGGUGAUAUGAUUGAUGAAUCUUUAGCAAUUAUUAACAAAUGGAACCCCAAUUCCAUGUUCAAUUGUCUACAAAACUCUGGAAUUAACCAAGAGGCAAGUACUAAGUUCCUUUAUAACAUAGUUCCUUUGAUCUUCUGUUUGUCAGCUGCUAAUUCUAGAACCAAACCUAAUUAUAACAAAUGA